UUUUAUUCGUAAAUUUAAAGCCCUAUUUUGAGUCAGACGUAUAUGUAAUUACGCUUGGUAGGAUCAAAAUGUUAUGGAAUCUUUUUUCUGUGUGUUUUUCAGGAUCUUCUUCCUAAAUUUUGCCCUAAAAGUGCGUGUCUUUCACGCGCAAUUAUAGUGCAAGGAGAUUCGGACGAUUUCGUCAUCUCGAGGCAAUUUAUGACUUUUUUGUGCUCCGAAGGUUGGACUCGGUUGAGCAGACUCAAGAUUCAUUUUCACACAGAAAAUAAAACAGGGCUCCAACGCCUCCCUUGUUUCUCGAUACGGACAAGACAUAGAACUUUUAUGAAUUUAACAGGGAAAAUUAUUCAAAGCAGAAAUCAUUGCAGUAACUGCAAUCACUACAAGCGUUUAUCAAAGAGGAAGCUUAUAAAAAGUAAACAAUCAUGGCUCUCGUCAAUGUUAACCGAAAGAACACCGACCAGUUUUACCGUUAUAAGAUGCCAAAACUCCUAGCCAAGGUUGAGGGCAAAGGGAAUGGAAUCAAAACAGUUAUUGUCAAUAUGGUGGAAAUUGCCAAAGCACUGCAGAGGCCACCUGCAUAUCCAACCAAGUACUUUGGUUGUGAACUGGGUGCACAAACCCAGAUUGACUUAAAGAAUGAACGUUACAUUGUGAAUGGAUCACAUGAUGCAGAAAAGUUGCAGGACAUUCUUGAUGGCUUUAUUGAGAAGUUUGUUUUAUGCCCAGAUUGCGACAAUCCAGAAACUGUCUUGACUGUAGAAACCCGGAGAGAAAGAAUUGGUCAGUCCUGCAAAGCUUGUGGACAUAGUGGAGUUAUCAGUAUGCAGCAUAGGUUGAUAACCUUCAUUUGCAAGAAUCCUCCAAAUGAGUCGGGAACACCUUCAAAAAAAGACACAAGCCCAACUCACAAUCCUAUGCAGCCAGGUGAAAAUGGAAUUGAAAACCCUGACUUNAGGGCUCCUUUCAUCAAGUGGCUGAAAGAGGCAGAGGAGGAAGAGUCUAGUGAUGAGGAGGAAGAAGAGGAGGUUGAAGUGGUUUACGACACCAAGGCCCAGCAGCUGAAGGCUCAUGUUGACAAUGCAGCUGCUCAUGAAGAGGAGGAUGACUUGGACAUUGAUGCUAUUUAACUGUUCCUCCAAGGUCGACUGAAGAGGGAUAAAACGUAGUUUAAUUAUUACCUACUCUUGCGGAAAAAUAACUUUAAAUUUGUUUACGUUUGAAUUUUGUGUGCUCCUUGUUGUUGUUCCCAGUGGGAACUGUGCCUUAAAAUAAGUUUGGUACUGAUUAUAAAGUAAUACGUUGACAUAGUUUUUGCAUGAAAAGAAGUGUCAUGGAAGAAGUUUAAGCAGUUCAUUGUUCACAAGAAAGGUUGCACAGAGGAUAUUUGAUUUUGCAUUGAAUUACAAAGCAUUUGUUUGUGUUUUGGAGUGUUGGGCUCAGUUAAGCUUAACAGAGGGCAAUAAAGUAAUUUAACAAAACCACCA